AUGGAAAACGAAGCCGAUUUUGAUUCGGAGUUCGUUCGAAAGUACGGACCAGUGAAUGUUGAGUGGAUCGAUCCACCACCGAAUGAUAGACUCUUUGUGAAGCCGCAUGCGCUUAAUUACUUCUUCAAUGGGAAGUUGUAUCGUACCAGACAAGAACGUGGAUCCGCCGUUUUCGAGCUCUUUUUCGAUCUAUUAUACGUUGGAAUUAUAAGCAAUUUGGCUGAAGCCGCCAUCGAAGAAGCUACCGGUUCCUCUUUUGCAAAAUACGUGCUUUUAUUCAUGGCAGCAUGGCAAAUUUGGACAGAUAUGCGGGAGUUCAUGGACUACUACUACAAUAACGAUCUAAGUCAAAAGUUGUACGUGCUGUGGAUAAUGGUGUUGCUGGUAGUCUUUGCCAAUAACGCGAACGAAAUUCUUGAAUCGAAGGCACAAACGGGGAUUGUUGUUGGCUGCUACAUCUUGGCCCGCUUUUCGGCGAUUUCCCUUACUUUUGUUUAUACUUUUUUCAUCGAAGAACACAGACAGCAAAUGCGUUGGUUCUCCCUGUUUACCUGCGUCUCGCUCUUAAUUUUUGGCUUCAUUAUAAUUGCGCCCCUUCAUGGAAAGAUUGCAAUAGCAGCAGUAUGCUACUUUUACGAUUCAAUUGCCUACGGAGUUACAUUUCAUCCAUGGUUCAAAAAGCUCAUAGGGGCGCGGUACUCCACUGCUAUUAAUAUAGAGCACGAAGUGGAAAGACAUGGUGCUUUCGUGGUCAUAGCUCUUGGUGAAUACCUGUACAGUAUAGUGGCGUCUUCUCCAGCAGCCAGCGGCUUCAACGAAAGAACGGCGCGUGCGAUUAGUGUUCUAGUGGUUGCUUACUGCCUUUCAUGGUUUUACUUCAAGGGAGAGGGCUCUCAAAAAGCUAUACAUGCACUGCGGCGGAGUGUCUUGUCAGCUUACUCUUGGAUUUAUAUUCACGUACCGCUCAUGAUUUCUUUGAUCAUUUCUGCGGAUGCGGCAGGCGCUCUUACAAAAUCACAGCAUCUUUAUGCUUUUGAAGAACAGGAAAAUGGUGUAACUGAGGAAGAAAGACCAAACUACAUACAUUCGGUCCAGAUAUUCUACGGUGGCGGCCUUGCUAUUGCCAUUAUGUGCACUUGUGCUUUGGCAUUCUGUGACAAAAGCUUAGACCCAGCAGGGAAAACAAAAGUAUCGUCAAAGUACCGUAUUAUUCCCCGUGUCUUGAUGGCGGGUGUGGUUUUCGGAAUCUCUUUCGCCGAUAUUAAGAUCACUCUAUAUAUGGGUUUGAUUGCCGUUUUCAUGGCCACACAGCUUCUCUACGAAAGCAUAUCUGAGUUGCCUUCUAGAAAAGGUGACGAAAUCGCUCUUUCUGAUUGA